UGAGAGAUGGCGGCGGCGACUAACCUUUAUAAAAAUUGAUUUUGUAUUGUAUACAGUUUGCUGUUGGUUUUUUAAUUAUCCCUAAACUCGAAACAAGGAAGUGUGGUUGUUAAAUCAUUUAUAUCUUUUAAUAUAAUCCGUUAAAAUGGCACCCAAACGGAGGAAUGUGCUGAAUGACACAGACUCAGGAUCCGACUCUGACAGUUCCAGUAGCAGCCGGAGCAAGAGCAACAGCCCUGCUCGCUCUGGCAAGAGAGGGAGCAAAUCUCGGUCUGGCAGUGACUCUCCAAAGUCCAAUCGGUCAUCAGGCUCUCGGAGGUCCUCAAAUGCAUCAAAUGCUUCCCGCAGCAAGUCCAACUCGCCAGCUGGCUCUAACAAGUCACGUUCAGCAUCAGCAGCGAGUAACAAGUCUGGGUCUUCUAGCGGAAAAUCAAAUGCCUCUGGAAGUCCUAAGGGGAGGAAAUCCAGGUCACGCUCUGGAUCGUCAAGUGGAAGUGCUAAAUCGCGUUCAGCUAGUCCCAAGUCAAGAGAUCCAAGCCCAAAAUCAGGAUCACAAAGCCCUGCUGCUGGUGCUCAGAGGGCAAAAUCGAAAUCCCUGACUCCAAAAUCACCCUCUGAUAGUCCAAAAUCAAGAUCGUCAAAAUCACACUCUCGUAGUCCUACUACGCAAAGCGACAAAAGCAGGUCACGAUCAAAAUCUAGGAGUGGCAGUCCGAAGUCUAGGGGAAGGAAGUCGAGAUCUCGAUCAGGCAGUGCAUCUUCACGGUCAAAGAGUCCUGGUGAUGGUCCAGUGGUGCAGGAUAGCCGGUCCAACUCACCUAAUAAUCUAAUGAUUGACGUUGAUGAGACUAAAGAGAAAUCGAAAGGCUCUAUCUCCAGGUCUGUCUCCUCCAAGUCCAGGUCAAAGAGUAAGUCACACAGCAAGUCGCGCAGUAAGUCGCGCAGUAAGUCACGCAGUAAGUCGCGCAGUAAAUCACGCAGUAAGUCGCGUAGCAAGUCGCGCAGUAAGUCGCGUAGCAAGUCGCGCAGUAAGUCAAAAAGUCGUUCUAGAUCUGGAUCAAAAAGUUCUCAAGGUUCUGCCGAUAUUGGGGAGAAAAAGAGACGGACUGUGUUGUCUGAUUCAGAGAGUGACACGGCUAGCAAAGUUUCCAAACGCAAAAAGAGUACUAGCAGCUCAGACUCCAACGUCAGUUCCAAACCUAAGAAGAAGUCCCAGAAAAUAACAGACUCUGAUGAUGGAGAAAAUAAAGAUACUGUGACGGCAGACGCGUUGUUCGGUGACGCGUCAGACAUAAGCACGGAUGAGGAGGCUCGUAGGUCCCGCUCGAGGUCUCGGUCCAAGUCCAGGUCUCGCAGCCGCAGCGGGUCUGGCGAUGGCCGCCGCAGUGGCGACCAGGCCCGCAGCGGGGACGAGGAGCGUCCAGAAAAGCGUGAUGAGGAAGAAGAACCCGAGCUGCCGGAGACUAGAAUUGACGUGGAUAUGCCCAAGAUCCGCACAGAGUUGGGCAAAGAGCUACACUUCGUCAAGUUGCCCAACUUCUUGUCCGUGGAGACGCGGCCUUAUGAUCCGAACACUUAUGAGGAUGAGAUCGAUGAAGAGGAGACCUUGGAUGAGGAAGGUCGAGCCAGAUUGAAGCUCAAAGUGGAGAACACGAUACGUUGGCGCAAUGCGUUUGACAAGCACGGCAAUCUUGUAAAGGAAUCCAAUGCGCGUAUAGUCAAGUGGUCUAACGGCAGCAUGUCUUUACAUCUCGGCUCGGAAAUCUUCGAUGUUUACAAGCAACCGCUACAUGGCGACCACAACCACCUGUUCGUGCGUCAAGGCACGGGUCUGCAAGGCCAGGCGGUGUUCCGCACCAAGCUGUCGUUCCGGCCGCACUCCACCGAGUCGUUCACCCACAGGAAGAUGACGCUGUCCCUUGCCGACCGCUCCACUAAGACCUCCUCCAUCAAGAUCCUUUCGCAAGUCGGACAAGAUCCUGACGCUGAUAGGAAGUACCAGCUGAAGAAAGAAGAGAUGGAGCUACGUGCCGCGAUGCGAACACGCGUGUCGACGCGCCCGAAGCGGCGGUCGGGGGCAGCGGGCACCAGCAGCCGCGGCGCCGCCGCACGCGCCGGCGACGACUCCGACGACGAGGGCGGAGUCUCUCUCGCCGCCAUCAAGAACAAGUACAAGCAGGGCCAGAAGGCGACAGCAGGAGCGGCUAUAUACUCAUCGGAGUCCGAGGGGUCCGACCUGGACGCGCGUCGCGCUCGCCGCUUGGACCGCGCCAAGGCCCUCAAGGACUCCGACGAUGACGGCAGCGAGAACGGCAGUGGUGACGGCAGUGACAACAACAGCGGCAACGAACAGGCGGGCCGCACGCCGCAGCACAGCGGCAGCGGCAGCCCCAGCUCCAAGAGUGGCAGCGGCAGCGGAAGCGGCAGCGGGAGCGACUAAACCAUCCACCAUUCCAACACGACAAAGCAUCGGACUUUCCAGGACACGUUCCGAGGGCGCUGUAUAACUCUACUACUAACCUAACAAAAAUCAUAAUCAUAUAUUCAUAUUAUACAUAAUCUUAUUGACAGUCAAUUUAACAUUUUUCAAUCUACUUCAUUUCACAAGGUGCUAUGACUGAGGAGAAGAAAUGACAAUGAUAAUUAUGCAACAGCAACACUUAAAUCAAUUUUCACAUUGCUAAAUUUCAUAACAAAUCAAAAAUGUAAUGUAAUAGCAGAGAAAUACGUAAAAAUAAAUGUUGCAUGAUGUUUGUAUAGAAUUAUGUUGUUACAUGUGUUGAUUAUUUUUAUUUUGAUUGAAAUAAUUAUGGUUGUGUGAUUGUGCCUAGGAUGCCAUGAAAUUAAAAAGGUAUGCAGCUUUAUACAGCGUCAUCUGUAUUUUUGAUAGGAAACUUGGCCUGGAAACUCCCUCGUCGAACCUCGAAGAUUCAAUAAACAUCUGAGCAAAAAAAUAUUUUUUCAAACGUGGUUUCUUUUUUAUCUCGUUUUCUAAAAACCAAAAGAAACCCGGGAACGAAGCGAUACGUAUGGAUCUGCCCGCUGAAGCGCACGGCUGUUAGUUUAAGGUUAAUUAUAACUUACUGCCUAAUUAUUUUCAAUUAUGAAUCCACUUGACGAAGCCACUGAUACCAACCAGUGUUUGUCACAAAUAUAAUACUAUUUCCAAUACUCGUCUUCCUAGCGUUAACCCGUUUACAUUCUAGCAGCAUGCUAUGCUAUGUUUAUAUUUAAUUACAUGUUAGUUAAUUUCAUAUUCAGUGAAAUGUAAAAAUUCUUUUGAGUAAAGAUUAUUUGACCUGAAUCAUAGAAUAAGGAAUAACUACGUAACGGCGACUCUCCGCUCUCCACCAGCGGCUGAGCUAGGUUUACCUCACCCCCUCGAUCUUACUUUAGUCUUCAAUCGUACGGCGUCAGAUAUCACACACAGAUGCGUGUGUACAAUAACGUCAAUGUGUAGUGUCUGUGUAAAACAACGUGUUUUGUAUGAAGUGUCCGGGGUGUGGUGAAAUGUAAAUUUGUUUUGAGAAUAAAGAUUCUUUGACUUAAACCUGAAGGUUCAAACAAGCCACAAACGACUGCCAAUCCGACCAGCAACCCGAAGGGGAAACCAUCUCGGGUACAGAGUAGCUUAGUAACGACCACAUAUUUCUUAAUCUGCAAACGCGCUGGUGAUACAGCCUGCAAUGUCCUCACGUGGGGACAGUCUCAUAAAAUCAGUUUUGACUAUGUCGUCAUCGGGGAUAGAUCCCGGAUACCCAGAUCGUGAGCCAAACGCGCUAACCACUAGACAACGGAUGCUUUAUCGAUUUAUUAAAUUAUUAUUAGGAGAAAGGGCAGUUUAUGAAAGUGGUUAGAAAGUGGUCCAACAAAGUGUAACAUAAGAAAAAAAUACAUACAAAAGAUAUACAAAGGAGAUUGAAAAAAGAGGGAGGAUAAAAUGGCCACUUCGAAGGAAUUCAUCUAAGAAAGCAAUAUUGCUAUUUGACAUUUGUUGGAAUGACCUUCCUCCUCCGCUAAAAACUAUGAAGUCACUCCAUUCUUUUAAAAUAAGGUGUAAACAGUGGCUACUGGAGGUUCAAAAAACUUCAAGCAAUUGGAAAUAACAACCUGGUUUCCCCGAAAAGUACUUUCGUUUAUUCCUCGCCAGUUGGUCGACCAAAUUGCAACAUGGCUUAUAUUUAUGUUUCUAUCUAAAUUUUAAUUUCAAUAGUGUUUUUGUUUUGGUAAAAUGUUCUCGCGGCGUCCAGUGUAGCGACUCAGUUGGUUAUACAGGGGGUGACUGAAAAGCAGCAGCAAUGCUGAGGCUCCUCCUUUUCGGCCACAACUGAUAAUGUGUUACAUGUAAUUAGGUUUAAGCAAUUUUGUAAAAUAUUUGUGGUUGAAUAAACUUCUUUUAUUAUUAUUAUUGUAUGUCUUUUUCAUAUCUCGGGCCUAUGGAGACCCGGACUUUUGGAAGGCGUGCGUGGGGCCGAAGCCAACACGUAGAGGCCCCUUAUUAUUAUUAUUACAUUGCGCACUUAUUUUUACAUGCGCAAAUGUCAAAUUGCAAUAUUGCUUUCUAAGAUGUAUUGAUUUGAUGUGGCCAUUUUAGACCCCCUGUCUUUUGGACUUAUUCCCCUCAGUAUUAUUUUGUAUAUUU